UUUUAACACACGCCACGUACAUGUUUUGGGGGUGUUUCACCAUCGAAAAGCCAAACCAGUUUCUGUUGAUUAAGAAUCCAUACAGCUGCUGUAUAGCGUUAUACUGGGGACCAUCAAGCGCAACUGAAACCAUCAGGUCGCAGAAAGUAACGGGACGUCAUGGGACAGGGUAGUGGUGGAGGAGUACCGACAUGGGAACGGAAAGCGCGAUGCUUUCUGUGCGUCUUUGGAAUCUUGUUGUCGGUUUACGCGCUGCACGUGGAACUAUCGAAGGAGAGCAACCCGGACUACCGAGCGGUGUGCGACCUGGGAGAGUCGGUCAGCUGCUCCAAGGUUUUCACCUCCAGAUGGGGUCGUGGGUUCGGACUGGUCCAGUUCCUCGUGGCUGAAGACCACUUCCUGAAUCAGCCCAACAGCAUUCUGGGAAUCAUAUUCUAUACACUCCAGCUCAGCCUCGGUCUGUCGGUGUCCCCUCGGGCGGCCAUGCUGCUGGUGCUGUCCUCCUGGGUGUCUCUUGCCGGCUCCCUGUACCUGGCCUCCAUCCUGCUCUUCGUGCUGGAGGACCUGUGCCUGGUGUGCAUAUCGACCUACGUUGUCAACCUGUUCCUGAUGCUGGUCAACCUGAAGAGGAGAUCAGGCCUGGCUGUGGCGAGGGAGAAGGCCGAGUAGAUCUUUUCACCUGGGCCUGCUCCUCCAUCACCUGAAGAGGAGGCCAGGCCGGGUCCAGGAGAAGGCGGAGUGGGAAGUCUCCAUCGCCUGUGCUGUCUUUGGCAGCCUUUGCCGUUGGCUCUUUGGAAGGAGAAAAAGUUCUGAUAGUCAAUCCACCUUAAAAAAAUUGUUAUUGCAACCGACGCCUUUACAUCCAUUACGUCCUGUAAUUUACUUUAACUUUUUUUUUUCUCCGAAAGAAAACCAGGAUUUAUCACAGACCUCCAGUAGGGGGCGCCAGGACUUUAAAAUCACAAGGAGCGCAAAUAGUGACCGUUUGGUUGGUGAGAAAUAUGUGAAGUGUUCGCUGAAUGACCCUGCACAUGUUAAUAAACAUUUACAAUUUAAUUCCUCUCACUGAGAAUGUUCAAAUCUAUUUGGUCAGUGUGUGUCCUAAUUGAUUAAACACAUGAGUGAUAUCAUAGAACCAUUAUAGAUAUUGAAGACCAGUGACUACAAACAGUAUUAAAAUGACAUCGUAAAAAAAGAGUUAGUCAUCAUAUCCAUUAUUUUCCAUAUAGGUAUAUUCAGUAUUUUAACUUAUCCUGGAAAUGAUCGUAAAUUAAACUCCCAGCACCACACCAAAAGGAGGAGGCCAAUCAGUGCUCAAAAGGUCUAUAAAGUUUUAAUCCUUUCCUUAUAGACAGUCUCAUUUCCACAUGGUAAGAGACAACAUCUAUCAAGAAAGCAAUACAGGUUUAUAAUAUUGGGAUGUUUUAUGUACUAUAAAUCAAGGUUACAUUUCAUUAUAUAAUCUGAUAUUUCGAGCCAUUUACAAAUAAAUUACAUGACUUGUAAUCC